AUGCCUCCAACAACAGCAUCUAAAGGUAAGAAAGCUGUUAAAAGUCAAAAAUCAACAGUUCAUAAUGAUAGAAAAGGUAAAAAAAAAACAAGAAAAGAAACUUAUUCUGUUUAUAUUUAUCGUGUUUUGAAACAAGUUCAUCCUGAUACAGGAAUUUCUUCAAAAGCAAUGUCUAUAAUGAAUUCAUUUGUAAAUGAUGUCUUUGAAAGAAUAGCCAGUGAAGCAUCUAAAUUGGCUCAUUAUAAUAAAAAAUCAACUAUUUCAUCGAGGGAAAUUCAAACAGCUGUAAGACUUAUUCUUCCAGGAGAAUUAGCUAAACAUGCUGUAUCUGAAGGAACAAAAGCUGUUACAAAAUAUACAAGUUCUAAGUAA